AUGGCGAUACCAAUUGCCGCCACCGCCGCCGCCACCGCUGCCACGUUGGACGACAAGUUCCAGAAUCUAGACGAUGAGGUCGUGUACACUCGCGUCAAGGCCGAGGCUGCCAACGACAAGGCUCUCAACUUUGUCGUCGAGUUCAAUCUCAACGAGGCCUUCAUCGCCUUCAACCUGACCUCUGAUGAUUUCGCCCAGCUCGCCACGCGAAAGCGCAAAGAGGGCAUGGUGCGAUGGAUCAAUAUCUGGUCACCGAGCAUGCAGAAGCCAGCCGUGGAGCGCAUCGGCUCCCAGUAUGGGUUCUCCAAGAGACUUCUCGCCAUCAUGACGGCUCCUGCCUUGUCAUCCAUCAAGCAGCAAGUCAACGCGGUGCCGGCCUCACUGCAGGGAGGUGAUGUCGAGAAGGGGUCGUUGUCUGACGGCCCUGGACUUCCACCACCAGGACAGACGCAGGCGCAAGUGUUGGAGGAGCUUCAGAUCUACCAACUCGUGAAGGAGACGGUCAACUACACCUCCAUUGACCAGGGGAAGAACUUCCUCUGCAUCGGUGCCAACUGGUUGCAUACCCGGCCACAGUCCAGAGUCACCGAACACAGUCCAAGUCUGUUACCUCCCAGACACUGGUCAUGGCUUGCCCUCAGCUCCGACUCCGUCGUGGUGUCUUUCCACGAGACGCCAUCAUCAGAACACAGCGAAGACGAAGAAUGGUCCAUGGCAGAACUCGCCAAUACGAGAUCCAACACUACCAGCGUAUUGUGCCAACUAUCUAAGCACGGUGUAGAAGAUUUCGAACGAAGGCUUCUCUCGCUGAAGCCGGUCAGGCAAGCAAUGCCUCGCUCGGAAGUCGACAGUAACACUGCCUGCGAGGGCUCGAGUAAUCUUUUCUAUUAUCUUUUCGAGGACUAUUCGUCGGCUCUGCCCGUUUUAAGAACUUCCAAGCAAGAGCUGGGUCGACUAGUACGUCACGAGAACCGAGUCUCGACGACCCUGACUUGUAAUUGA